AAAAAAAAAGAAAAAAGUCAAAUGAAUGUUUUACUUAUGAAAAUAUUGACUUACGUUAUAUUAGAAGAAAUCAAAACAUGAUUUUAUUAUUCUAUGUAUUUGCUUAGAUACACAAAAACGACAAUGGAUGGCAAGUUUGCCAUACAGUAAUGAUCCUAAUAUAAAUCCAAUAACAAUUCUAUUUCAUGAUGAACGAAAACGAUAUCAAAAUGAACAACAACAAGAAUUAGAUGAAUUAAAACGUGAAGUUUUUAAUCUACCUGAUAAUCCCGAAUAUUUUGAAACCGAUGAUAAUACUAACAGUGCUACUAAAGGAAAUCUAACUGAACGAAUAACAUCUAAACGACAGUCCCAAUUUGAUGAGUUAUGGACAGAAUUUUUAAAUAAAAUAUCUGAUAUUAAUCAUAAUCUUUUAAUUGAACUUGAAAAAAUUACUCGUCAAUGUAAUCAAUAUUAUGAACAAGGUGAUAAAGAAAUUGAUAAAUAUUUAGAAAAAUUAUUUUCUGAAAAAGAUAUUACGCUUUUAACAAUUAAAUCAUUUAAUCAUGGAUUUAAACAACUCGAUAAAUUACUUUCACCACGUCUUUUAAAAAUUCAAGAAUAUUGUCAAUCAAUAGAAGAACUAGAAUUAGAACGAAUUCAUAAAAUUCGUGAUUUAUUUAAAGAUUAUUCUAAACGUUUAUAUCAAACACAUCAUUUAUCCGAUAAAGAAACUGCAUUACAAUUAGAGAAACAAGCAAAUGAAUUAAAUACACAAAUACUUGAUAAUCGUCGAAUAUAUGCAGAACUUGAAGCGAGAUUAUUAGCAGGAGAAACAGUACGUGCGCAUCGUUAUCAGCGUAAACUUGUUAAUCAUCAGAGUAAAUGGAGUGAUGCAUCAUGGAUUUUACUUAAACAAACAUGGAUUGCAAAAUUAUCUCAAUGUAGAGCUAAAUUAGAACCAACAAUUCUAUCAACAUGUGAACCCAUCGGUUCAGAUAUUAGUGCACAAACACAUUUAUUUAUUUCACAUAUAAAUCAAUUAAAUUCAUUUGUUCCACCUAAAUCAACACGUGAAAAUGCACAAAAAUGGUAUAAUCAAGGUUAUGAUAUAGUUGAUACAAUUGUUCAUAAACGACAAGAACUUGUUCGUAAAAUAAAUGAAGUUAUUACAAAUGAAAUCGAUUUCUUAAAUAGAGAAGCAGACAAAACUCAAGAUGAAGUCAUUCAUGGACAUAUAUAUGAUGAGGAACAGACACAAAUGGUAUUUGAACGAGAUUUUAUACCAUUAAUUGAAGAACGUAAACAAUUUUUAAAAGAAUCAAUUGGCGAUCGAAUGGAAGAUGUCUAUGAAAAAUUAACACAUGCAAUGUACGAUGUUCUUGAACGUUUAUUCGCUUUUAUUGAACCUUUAGUUGAACAAUGGGAUAAUCAUCAAGUUCGAUUGGAACAUGUAACUGAAAAAUUACUUGAAAUGAUGCAAGAAUGUCGACGACCACAUGAUCUUGAACAUGAAAAAAAAUUAGCAAAACUUGAUGUAACUUUAGAUGAAAUGCGAAGUUCAUCUAAUGGAACAGCAUUAGCAGCGUUCUUAAAAUCUGCUCAUACACAACUUGAUAGAAUUAAAGCAACUUAUGCUACAUUCUAUGAUAGAGAACAUGCAGUUGUAAAUCAAUAUUUAAAUAUGAUUGCUGGAGAAGUUAAUCGAUAUAGAAAUGAAAUGCUUGAUUAUUUUCAAGCUCGACAAAUAGAUCCAAAUGCAGAUGAUGAACAAGAAUCAUCUUCCGUACAAAAUCAAUAUUAUACAACAUCUUUAGCACGAAAAACUUAUGAAAUUAGACCUCAUACUAAGAAGAAAUCAGAUGUCAUACAAGAAGAGGAUAAUGAUAAUGAAGAUAGAGAAUCAAACUCAUCAGUAUCAGAAAGAAGUAGUUCACUCGGUGAUAAUCGAUCAAAACAUGAAUCUGAUGAACAAAAUCAAGGUGACAUACCGACAUUUAUAACUGAAGAUGUAUCUGCAACAAAUGAAACAACAGUAUCAGUACCAUUUUGUCAACUAUUUCGAAUACCUUCUAAUCUUGUAGAAUCGAUUAUGUUUAUUUUAUGUCGAGCUUUUCUUGAUUGUUAUGAUCAUUGGGAAGAAGAAGCUACUCGGCGAGCUGAUGCAGUUAUGUAUUCAAAACAUUAUGAAUUAGAUCAAGAAAUGGAUCUUCAAAUUCAUUUACAUGAACCAAGACAUGCACGAAUUGAGAGCGAUAUAUAUCAUGUCAGAACUGCUGAAAUUGUUUCGCAUAUUGAUCGAAUUGAACGUCAUAUGUCUGGUGUUGAAGAAAGAUUAAAUCAAAUCAGUGGUGAUUAUGAUCAAAUCUUAAAUGAAUUUAAUAAAUCAGUUGAUGCUUAUAAAAAUGAUGUAAACAGUUUAGAACAUAUAUUUGUUAAUGCAACAACAACUGGUCGUCUUAUAUUAUUACAAGAUCGUUUAAAAAGACAACGUGAUACAUUUAUGGAUUAUGUUCGAGUAUCAUUGAGAGAUUUUCGUAGACAAUUUGAUCUUAAAGUACAUCAUUUACGACAAGCAAAUGCUAAUUUUCGAAAUUCAUUUCAAACAUUUACUGAAGGUGGAAAUUAUAGUCCUGAGGAAAUUGAAAGUUAUCGAAGAAAACUUGAACAAACAGCAUUAUUAAUUGAUAAAACUGAAAUAGGUUUAUUAAAAGAAAUGGAAAGAAUUGAAAAAAGACAAUUAGAACAAGCUAAUAAAAUAAUGGGACAAUUCCGCGAACGAUUUCGAUAUCAUAUGAUUGAUUUACAAUUUAUUGAAUUAACAAAUCGAUGGAUAAGUGAAGCACAAGUUAAAAUAAAAACUGAAGUCGGAAAUAAUAAUCAACAAGCAAAUACAUUUAAAACACUUGUUUUAUUAUAUGAGAGUAAAAUUGAUUCUAUUAUUAAUCCAAAUUUAGAUAAAGAAACAGCAACAAUAAAUGAAAUUCGAGAACUUUUUCAUCAAAUUGUUUUAAAUAGUUAUGAACGAGCAUUAUAUUUAAAAUGUCUUCCUAAUGAAUUAGUUAUACCAGCUUCAAUUAUAAGUGUACUUAAAAAUAAAGGAUUAAUUACUGAAGAGGAAUUAGUGAAUGAUCUUCAUAAUACUUCAGCAAUAGAUGAAGGAAAUAUAACUCGACGAGCAUCGAGAGUGAGUGGUCGUACAGGACAUAAUAAUGAUGAUACAAAAGCAGUUAGAUUUACAUCAACAUCACCAACAUUAUCUCGACUUGUAAUAGGUUCAAAUUCUCAAGUGGGUUCUACUGGUGGACAUCAAGAUGAUUCAAAUACAUUUUCAACUAUACGAUCUCUUCUUCACAAAAAUCUCGAAGCAGGAUCUGAUGAAGUUGUAGAACCAGUUCCAACAACUACGGAAUCUAAGCCACGUUCAAAGAAGAAUAAUUCAUUAUUGAAUUCAAAAAAAUUCAAACAACAACUAAAAAAAAAGAGUGGACAACAAAAAGAUUCAUCUAACGACGAAGCAGGAGCAGCUGUUCGACAAGGUUUUGUUCGUACUAGAACUCGUGAUGAACUCUAUGCACUUUAUUGUACAUUUGGUGAAAGAAAACAUGUUGGUUAUGAUUUUAUAUCUAAAAUCUUAAAUAUUCUUCGACAAACAACUGAAGGUUUACUCUCUCAUUCUGAGAUGUAUUAUAAAGAAAAAGGUUCUCGUCGUGUAACUCGUCCUCAAGCAUUACGUGAAAAAUUCGAUGAUUUUGCUGAAGUAAUGGUUGAGAAAUUAAAAAAUUACGAAGAACAAUGUCUUUCUCAUCAUGGAUAUUCAAUUAAUGAAUUUCGUAAUAUACUCGAAGUGUUUGAACGUGCAUCAUCAUCAAUGGCUAAAAUGGAACUUGAUGAACAAAUAAUUCAAGGUGAAAAAAUUCUUUUCGAAUUAAAAGAACAAUUCGAUACAAUAUUUAAUCAAAAUGUAAAUGUAUCAACCGAUGAAAAACAAAAAUAUUUUGAAUUACUUCGUCCAACUAUUGGACUUCCAGCAAAAAAGUCGGAUUUAGAAACACUUGAUAAUCAAGAAAAAAUACGUGAAGAUACUCUGGAAAAAUUUAUUAAUCAACUUCGAACAAAUACAAUUAAAGAUAUACAAAUAAAUACACAAAAAACUAUUGAAGCAUUAGCAACAAAUGCCGAACGUUUAGUUAUUCUUUUUGAUGAAAUAUUAACAGCUGAUGAAGUGAUACAAACAAGAUUACCUAAAGCAAAACAAUCUCUUUUGGAAUUAAUUAGACGUCAACGAACUGGAAGACCGUUAGAAGAAAUAGAAUCUGUACCAUUAAUUGAACGUAAACAAGGUCAUUGGCCAGGCUUACCAUUACCUGAUGAUCAAUUAAAUCGACAUGGUAAAACUAACGUACCAAAAAAACGUUCAUCAGCUCAUAGUCAACAACAAAAAACAACCGCUUCGAUUGUUACACAAAAAACAACUCUACCACAAAUUCAAACAAUAUCACAAAGAGAUCAUGCUUAUCAAAAAUAUAAAGAUAAUUUAACGAAAAUCUUAACUGAUAUUGAAACAAAAUCUUCAACGAAUCUCACAGAAUUAAUUCGAUAUCGAUCAUAUUGGAAUUCAUCACUCGAUAAACUACAGCAAUUACGAACAAAUUAG